UAUAGUUUUGCAAACAAAAAAUUUUCUCGGUGGCGUGUGUAUGUUUAUAAAGCAAAUUCAACAAUUUCUAAGUAAAUUUAAUUAUUUUAUAAAAUGGAAGAUAUUAAAACAAGUUUAGAUAAGAUAUUGGCAAAAUUCAAUGAUUCCGUUAGUCAUUCAGCACCGAAGAAAUUAACAUUCGAGCAUUUGAGUGAUUCUUUCAAUGACUCGGGGACAAUUCCCAAAAAGAGACGUUUGUCACAAAGUUUUGAAGACAAUGGCUUGAACAUUAGUCUUAACACCAGCAAUGUGUCCUUGAAUAGCAGCGCUGCUCCGCCACCCAGUCCGUGGGAAACACGGCGGAUGAAGGCAGAUUUGAUAGAGGCCCGGACAAGAAUAUCCAAACUUAAACAAGAAGUGGAACGUUUGCACAAAUUGCGCCAGGAAUCUGAGACUUUAUAUGAAAGCCGUGUCUCGGAACUAAAGAAACAAUGUGAGUUUUCCUCUAACAAAAUUCAGGAUUUGGAGAAGCAUAUGCAGUUGUUGAGAAAAAGGGAACAUGCCGCCAAACAAGAUUUGAUCAAGGCCCAGAGUGAUUUGCAGCAACAGAAACAUGGUUACGAGGAAGUGAUUAUCAAGCUACAAAGGGCCAAACAUGAGGUGGAAGAAAAUGCCCGUUUGGUCCAGAAUAGCAUGGCCAAUGAAUUGGGUGAAUAUAAACGGCAUGCCGAAAAGAUUGAGCUGGAGCUGGAAUUAAGCUGCGAUGAAUUGGAGUCCCUUAGAAGCCAAAUGGAUGACUUGAAAUCCAAGGCUUGUUGUUAUGAUGAUCUUAAAUUGGAUAACGAAAAAGUAAAUCAGGAAUUGGAAAAUGCCAAUCAGCGGAUCAAGGAAUUGGAAUUUGAAAUUGCUUCCUACAAUGAUUGGAAAGAGAUUACCAAGAAUUCCCAAGAUCGUUUGCUUAGCAUCCCAAACAUGGAUAAGGAGCUGGAACGUUUACGCUCCAACAACAAACACUUGCAGGAAUUGUUGGGCAAUAAAUUGCUUUUGGAAGAACAGGUAUACGAUUUACGUUCUCGCCUCGAACGCGAAGAAGGUGCCCGCUCCGAAGUUGUGGCCUUGCAAGUACAACUGAAACAUGCUCAAGAAGAAGUUAAGGAAUGGGUUAAAGUGGCCCAAGAUCAUUGUUCGCCAAAUAUGUUAGUUAGCCCAUUGGCUUUAAGGGCCCGUAUUGAGGAACUCCUACAACAUGAUGUCCUUAUGGCCAGCGAAAAGAAUACCAAGGCCUCUGAAUCCAAAACCAUGGAAUCGGAGUUAUUAGAUUACAAGCAAAAAUGUGAAAUCUAUUCGAAAAAUAUGGAAGAACUUAAUGUGGCCCUCAAGCGCCACAAGGCCUUUAAGGAUCGUGUGCAAAAGAAAUUGCUGUUGGUUUCCAAGGAGCGUGAUUGUUACAAACAGCUAUUGGAGAACUUUGAAAAAGAUCUCACCAUCUCUAAUCCCAUUGCACCCGAUCUAUCUUCCACCGAGAAUCAACUGAAAACACGUAUUGAAAUGUUGGAAAAAACGUUGGUGGGCUAUAAGGAUAUGUGUGCCAGUUUGGAAAAGGAAUUGAAUACGGCCAAGUCACUGCCAAAUUCGGAUCCAACCGGUGAUCAAAGCAGUGUUAAUAUGAGUGUUGAUGCCAAUGCAACGGGCUAUGAACAUUUCAAGAAGGAGCUGGAUACCUUGCGCAUGGAAAAUGAACGUUUGCGUAGACGUAAAGAGGAAUUGGAGUUGGAAUUGGAACAUCGUUGUCUUAAAGGUGACUUUAACAUGGAGAAAUACAAGGUGGUACACAUGCGGUUGAAUCCAGCAAAUGAGGCAUAUGAAAAUGCCGAUAAUUUGAUUGAAAAGUUGCAAGCAGAGAUUGAACGUUUGAAACGUAAAAACAAAAAACUGGAAGAAGACAAUGAAGUCACGCAGGCACGUCUCAAUGAAACCACCAACAUUACUAUGAAUUUCAAGGAAAUAAAUCAGCUGCGUGGCGAGCUGGAGUCAAUGAAUUCCAAGAUGAAGAAAAUGAAAGAAUGCUACAAAUCUGCCAGCAUGGAGUUUCGUGAAGUUGUUUACAUGUUAUUUGGCUAUCGCAUCGAUAGGGUGGGCUCCAAUACAAAUUACAAAAUUUCCAGCAUGUAUGCCGAAGAUCCAGAUCAUUAUCUAAAUUUCCGUUUGAAUGAAUCCAAUAUGUUGGAUAUGCUGGAGACACCAUACUCGGCCACACUCAAGUCACUGAUUGAAACACAGCUGGUGGGCAAUAAGUCGUUACCGGCCUUUCUUAGUGCUUUAACAUUGGAUCUGUUUCAAAAAGCAACAAUAACACUGUCUUAGUAUAGAGCAGAAGAACGCACAGAAAUCGCCAAGAAUGAGUUAGGUGGGCUGUGUGCUAAGCAGUCGUAGUUUCUUGUAUUUUAUAAGUAAAGCUCAAAGAUAAGUAUUUUUUUUUUUUUUUAAUCAUUUCACAAAAACAAAAAAGCCAACAAAUAACAAAGCAUUCUUCUUGAUUUUCCUCUACUUUUUUGUGAGAGCAAGAAAUAAAUCAAAACUUUGUGGAGUUCCCAAAAAACCAUAAAAAAUGUCACAACAACAACUGUGAAACGAUAAUACAUAUAUCCAUACUAUGUUUAGUAAUACAUACUGUAUAUUGUGCAUAUUAUUAUUAGCGGUAAACUACAAUAUAUUCAUACACAUACAAA